AUGAAUUUGCUCGUAGUAAACUGCAUAGGCUGCAUCGACACGUUACAGGAAAUAUGCCGUGUCCCGUCGUACACGGCUGUGUUCCCCUUCCGCUUCAAAGAAGAUAGGGUUUUCCUUUGCAGAUGGCGUCUCUUCUUCAGCAUCAUAGCCUUCGCAAUAUUGACCUAUCAAGCAGGCAUGCUUAUAAUAAGACCGAGCAAUUCCCACAUAGCAUCGCCUCUGAUAUACCUCGCCUACUGUGUCGAACAGAUGAGCGUCAAGAUAGCACUCUUCAUCGGCCUCUUCUGUACGACAUGGUACCAUCGCUCUUGGAAGCAGAUGGUACUUUAUCUCCAUCAGGUUGAGCGGACACUUCGGGAAAACGGAGUGCUAUGGACUUACCGGAUCAUCUAUCCUGUGGAUGCCAUCUAUAUCGUCUUUAUAAUAACCGUCAUGUUCCAACACGCCAUUAUCAGAUCCAAAACGUGGUACACCUUCUCUAAAGUAAUAACAUAUUACUCUUCGAUGUUGAUGCUUUUCAUCGUCACAGUCCAAUUCAAGCGUUUGGUCAUCUUCAUCUGUUCAGGAUUCAAAUUGAUUCAGAACGUCCUGUGUAAUACCGCAGUGAAUCCUCUUAAUCCUUUUCACCAGUUUUCUCAUCUCGACCGCGAACAUCUACUUUGUCUACGAAUCGCUUGGAAGGAAUGCCAACUACAAUUUUUCAGAGAAUAUCAUAAAAUUCUCAUGGUUGAUCUCGUAUUCAUCAUUCUCAGUGAUAAUCGUACACCCCUGUACUAUAAUUAA